UUGGAUGGCUGGAGCAGUCAGGAGGCUGCUCGGGAGGGGAGACAGACAAGACAUCGCUCUCCUAUUCUGCACUUCCCGUCUCCUGCUUUUCUGUUUUUAUAUAUGAUCAUUAUUUGUCCUCCAGCCAGCCGCGUGUUGCUGCGUCCCGCUGCGCUCCAGAGGCGGGUUGGGGACGAAGGAACGGGAAAGAAGUAAAGGAGGGAGGAAGAGUUGUUGACGCAUCGUAGGAGCGAGUGGGCACGCCAAGCCUUCACUUUUUUUCGCUCUCUCUCUCUCUCCGAUAUGCGACCUGCAGGACGCCGCGCCGCCAGCGACGUGCGCCUCUGAACCCGGAGAGAGACGCAGAGAGGAGGCGGGAGGAGCACGGGAUGGAGUAGCGGCUCCGCACGGCUCAGCUCGGGAGGAGCGACAGAAACAAGCGGCAGCAUCUCUUUUUCUAAACCAGUUAUUUGAUUUAUUGUUUCGUCUGCUGAAAACUCAGAGGGAGACGCUGUUUUUUGGUUUUUGGCCCACACUGAUGUUUGUGCGCACAGUUUGCUUUUGGUGGCAAAAUACGGAAUAAUCUGUGGCUGUCAUUUCCUGUAGAGUACCUGCUGCUGCUGCACACAGAUUGGACGAGGACAGAGGUGCAAAUCGGACUCCAUACAUUUGUGAUUGGAUGUAAGAAUAUUUUGACCUCUCAAAAUUGAAGAUGAUGUUGCUAUGGAAACUGCUACUGCUGCAGUCACUUGUGGGGUGCCUUGCAGAGAGCAGUGUCCUGCAGAGUCCUGUCUUCACCAAGCAGCCGGGCAGCAUUGUGUAUCCUGUACACACAGUGGAGAACAACAGGGAGGUAGUGUUCAGCUGUGAAGCCCAGGGAAGCCCACCUCUCAUGUACCGAUGGAAAUUGAAUGGAACAGAAAUCAUUCACAAAGCUGGAUUUCACUACAGCCUUUCUGGAGGCAACCUCAGAAUCAGUCGUCUGAACAAAGACCAAGAUGCUGGAACAUAUCAGUGCCUUGCCUCCAACUCUUUUGGGACAAUUGUCAGCCGGGAGGCCAGUCUAACCUUUGCAUACUUGGAAAAUUUUAAGACUCAAAGACGGAGCUCUGUAUCUGUACGUGAGGGUCAAGGAGUGGUUCUUCUGUGUGGUCCUCCCCCACACUCUGGAGAUCUGAUCUUUUCUUGGAUUUUCAACGAGUUUCCAACAUUUGUGAAGCAAGACACUCGACGCUUCAUCUCACAGGAGACAGGAAAUCUGUACAUUGCUAAAGUGGAGCCUUCAGAUGUUGGCAAUUACACCUGUGUGGUGACCAACACCGUCACGAAAACCCGUGUCCAAGGCCCACCUACUCCAUUAGUGCUCCGUAGUGAUGGCGUUAUGGGUGAAUAUGAGCCAAAAAUUGAAGUGCAGUUUCCAGAGGUCAUUCAAGUUUCAAAAGGAUCUACAGUAAAACUGGAAUGUUUUGCUCUGGGAAACCCUGCACCCUCUAUAAGUUGGAGGAGAGUGGACAGAGUGCCCUUCCCCAGAAAAGUUGACACGAGAAAGACGAGUGGAGUCCUAGAAAUCCCGUAUUUCCAGCAGGAGGAUGCUGGCACGUAUGAAUGUGUGGCCGAGAACUCGAGAGGAAUGAACACAGUGAGGGGAAAGCUCUCUUUUUAUGCUCCACCUCAUCUCAUCGAGAAGCCCCAGGAUGUCCAGAAGCUCAUCGAUGACUCACUGGUGUGGGAGUGCAAAGCCACAGGGAAGCCCAAACCCUCUUACAGAUGGAUGAAAAAUGGAGAAAACCUGGAGUCUGCAGAGGAGCGCAUACAGGUCGCCAAUGGUAUUUUGUCAAUCAUUCGCCUGACCCUUUCCGACACGGGAAUGUAUCAGUGUGUUGCUGGGAAUAAGCAUGGUGAGGUCUACUCCAAUGCAGAGCUGCGAGUGAUAGCUGUUGCCCCAGAUUUUUCUCACAAUCAGCUACGGAGCCAAACGCUGGUGAGGGUAGGAGGAGACGUUCUCAUCGAGUGCAAACCCAAAAUGUCACCUUGGGGUGUGAUCUUAUGGCGAAGGGGCAGCGAGCCCCUCCAUGAGAGCAACAGAGUUUCCAUCCUGGACAACGGCAGCCUUCGGAUCUGGAAUGUCACCAAAUCCGACACGGGCCUUUACACCUGCACAGCCAGAAACCAGUUUGGAGUGGCGAGCAGCACAGGAACUGUCACAGUUAAAGAGCCGACCAUCAUCACUACCCAGCCCUCUACGCUGGACAUCACAGUCGGGGAAAGUGUAGUCCUACCCUGUCAAGUGAGCCACGACCCAUCUCUGGAGCUCAAGUUCACCUGGUUCUUCAACGAACAGCUCAUCCACUUUGGGAACCACGGUGAAUUCUUUGAAAAAGUGGGGGGUCAGCAUUCGGCAGGAGACAUUAUGAUUCGAAACAUCCAGCUGAGGCAUGCAGGGAAGUACACGUGUGCAGUGCAAACCAAGGUGGACAGCAUUUCCAUUGCAGUGGACUUGGUUGUUCGAGGUCCCCCAGGCCCCCCCACUGGCAUCCAUGUAGAAGAAAUCACUGAUACYACAGCCUCUCUGUCCUGGAGGCCUGGUCCUGAUAAUCACAGUCCAAUUACAGCAUACACCAUCCAGGCCAGGACACCAUUUUCCCUGGGGUGGCAGGCUGUCACCACAGUUCCUGACAUGGUUGGGGGCCACCAGUUGACAGCUACAGUAAUAGACCUGAACCCUUGGGUGGAGUAUGAGUUUCGAGUCCUGGCAAGCAACAGAAUUGGAACGGGUGAACCCAGCAAGCCAUCGAAACAAGCAAGGACAAAGAGCAACUCUCCGAAGGUCACUCCAGCUAGUGUGAGUGGAGGUGGAGGCAGUCGCUCCGAAUUAGUCAUCACAUGGGAGCCUGUUCCAGAGGAGCUACAGAACGGACCGGGGUUUGGCUAUGUGGUGGCUUUUCGUCCUCAUGGUGCCACAGGCUGGAUGCAGGCAGCCGUCCCAUCACCUGAGGCUUCCAGAUAUGUCUUUAAAAAUGAGAGCAUCCAGCCAUUCUCACCUUUCCAUGUCAAGGUUGGAGUUUACAACAAUGAAGGGGAGGGGCCAUUUGGAUCUGUUACCACCAUCUACUCUGCUGAGGAGGAGCCCAGCCGAGCUCCCACCAGGGUUCGGGCCAAAAGCCUCUCUGCAUCUGAAAUUGAAGUCUGGUGGAAAGCCCUGCCCUGGAACGCCAGCAGGAGAAGAGUGCUGGGUUAUGAGCUGAGGUACUGGAGUAGAAGUGAAAAGGAAGACAUGGCCAGCAUGCAGAGGACCGUAGGAAAUCAAACAUCUGCUGUUAUCGUCGGGCUGAGAGGCAGCACCACAUAUUACAUCUCAGUGAGGGCGUAUAACACUGCUGGGACGGGACCACCCAGCACCACCGUCAAUGUGACCACCAAAAAACCACCGCCCAGUCAGCCACCUGUUAAAGUAAUGUGGAAUACAUCAAACUCCAAGAUUAUUCUGAACUGGGAGCAGGUCAGAGCCCUGGAGAAUGAGUCAGAAGUGACUGGUUACAAAGUGCUGUACAAGAAAAAUCAACACAGCCAGCCCAGUGUCAUGGAAACCAACACCACCUCGGUGGAGCUCACUCUUCCCACUGAUGGGGAUUAUAUCAUCCAAAUAAAGCCUUUCGGGGAGGGAGGGGAUGGCAGCAGUAGCAAGCAGAUCACCAUCCCAAAGAUACCAGGCCCCAAUGCAGUGGGCUCAGCGUCUAAGGUCUCCACUCUGUCAGCCCUCAGUACAAUAGCUCUGUCUUUCACAGCACGGACAUCUUUAUGACAAACAGCUCUCAGCAGACGUUGCAUCUGAUGUGGUGUCAGAAACACAGCCCACUCUGGUGUAACUAGAUCCGUUCAUUAAGAUUUUAGUGAAAGAGGGAAGACUCUGAGGGGUAAAAAUGAAAAGUGUGUCACCGAGAGGACAGAUGUGGAGUGGCUUUCAGCACCCUGGCCAGGUAAAGGCGACUGACUGAUGUCGUGACUAUGUUGUUACCAAAGCAGCUUUCAUAUGAGAGAAAUAUAGAAAAUAAAAAGGUCUUAUAUGCAUCUUUUUGUAUGACAUGUUGAGCUUUUAUAGAUUUUCCUUUCCUAAUGGGUUUGGAGAUGGUCUGGGCUUGUUGGGUGAGAACAUUUAAAUGCAUGGAAAAUACUGCUGUUCAGUUUUACAGUUUGAAGAGAAAGAAUAUAAUAUGAGAGCUUUUCUGUUAUCAUGAAUAAUCAGAUAAUAUCAGAGUGUUUGGUACCAACAAGACAGGUUUCUUUAUUUUCAGACAUGUAAAUGAACUUCUAGCUGGUACGUCUGUGCAUUUAUAGUUCUAUAAUAUGUCUUUUUUUUUUUUACCCAAAUGGCAUUUUUGAUGUUAAUGUCACCGUUUCUUUUUUGUUUGUUUGUUUGUUUGCUUUUUUUCUUACAGACUGUAAAUAUGGGGGGCAGCAAUAAAUCAAUGCUAAUGCUAUACAAUUUUAAUAUGAAAAAUUGGAAAGUUCUUUUAAAAUGUUUUUUCUUAAUGAAAUGUGUUUUCUUUUCAUGUCUGCAAACAAGGGAAAAAAAGUUUUGUCAAUUUUUGUUUUGCUAGAAAAAAUAUUGUCUUGAAACGCUGUAAUCAUUCCUUUUGCACAAUGAAAGAGAGUGUAGAAAAGGACCCUUCAAAGCUUAGCCAAUGUGCUGUGGUCUCUGUGUAAAUCAUGUCUAAAAUUUUAGCUAUGAAUUAACCAAGACAGAUAAUCCACUUUGGCUCUGCAUCAGUGGUAAAUAGCUCAUCUUUCGGAUGAUGUAAAUAAAUUAARUUAAAUUGUUAUAUAGCACCAAUUUACAACAAAAGUCAUCUUAGGACAAUACACAAAGAUGUAACAAGUUCAAAUGAUAAAAUUGCUGCUCUUCUAAACAAAACGUACUGGGCCAGGCAUAGUUUCUGUGGAGAGAUGAAGAGAGAUCACAAUUUUAAUAAGUCAUAAUUACAAAUACAAAAAUGGAGAGCAGAGCAAGAAAAGACAGCAGCAGGAUGAGGAAAUGGGGUCAGUUUGUCCUCCAACAGUCUAAGCUUAAAGCAGCAGAACUUUGGAAUAGUUCGCAAGUAUCAAUCAAACCUCAACCUCAAUAGGAUUUAUCAAAGAAGAAAGUCUUAGGCAGAAUCUUACGAGUAGACAGGUUGUUAGCCUCUUGAAGUCUGAAUUUGACAGGGAGCCAAUGGAGAGAAGCUAAACUUAGAGAAAUAUAUCUUCUUCUAACUUUCAUCAGAACUCUGGCAGCAGCCCAGUAUCAGUGGAAGACUUUUAAGAGAUUGUUGGGAUAUCAAGAUAUUAAAAAACUGCAAUAAUCCAGCCUGGACGUUUUAAAAGCAUGGACCAGCUAUGUGUGUGGAUUGGUUAUCUUUGGAACAUUCUUUAUGCGGUGUUUAAAUGACAAAUCCUGAUCCAAAAUAAUUCUUUACAUUAGUACAGUAAGCAGACCUAAUACCAUCCAAUUUAAGUGAAACGCUGCAAAGUUUGUGCCUAAGAUUCUCAGGUUCAAAAUACAUAACCUCUGGUUUGUCUGAGUUUAAAAGCAAAAAAUGAUUUGUCAUUCUGUAUGUGUUUAUGUCUCUAAGACAUGUAUGGGAUAAGUCUUGUGCCAGCAGGAACUGAGUUUGAAUUACUCAGAUUGAAUCUGUAACCAUUAAAUUCAGUUUCAAU